AUGUUAAUAAAAACUAAAGGUGAUGUUGAUGAUAAUAAUUUAGAUAGAAUGAACGAGUAAAUAUUCUAGAAUUUAUGAGAGUGAUGAAAUUACAAAUCUAGUAGUUCCAUAAUUUCCAGAGUUCAAGCAUCCUGGAUAAGGAAAACAAGUACUAAUGAGACCUGCAAGUAAAUAAUUCUUGAACUCACCAUCAAAAUUAGAAGACUCAUUAUCAGGAAGCACAAAGAUAACUUAAGUGAAUGUAAGUAUUGUUCACUAUUAAGAGUGCCGGACAUGCUUAUGAUUACAUCGUUAAUCGCUUUCUUUAGACCAUAAGAAAACAUCUUAAUUCACCAUAAAGGUAAGAAUACAUAUUUAUAUAAGAUCUGAAGUAGAGGGAUAAAUCAUUCGGACCUUGAUUUCAUAAUAAGCCAAAUUAUAAUAUAUGCUACAUAUUGAUUGGGCUAAAUAUUAUACUAGUUAUUUAUAGCAUAUUAAUACUAAGGUACCAGGACCUAUUAAUAACUAACCUUUUUUUGCUGAUUAAUGUUCUACAGAUACUAUUUACAAACCAAAUCUAAAAUAAGAUGUGGAUUUUGUUUUGUUAAAUAGGAAUACUUGGAUGUUUAUUCAUAGUUUAUAUGGUGGAGGACCUGAAGUCUCAAUUUAAGAUUAUAGCAAAGGAGAAGGAUUUGAAAAUUCAACAUAAAAGCCUACUUUAUCUAGAGUUAGUUCAAUGUAGUCAGGAUUAAUGGAUACUGUUUCUUAUAUGAGCAUUACUCUACCUUUUUAAAAAUCUUAAUUUGAAUUACCACCAAUAGGAUUUUAUAAUGAAUCCAAUUAUUGUUUUAUGCAUGCUGCUUUAUAAACUAUAUUGUCUGUUGAAUAAAUAAAUUGUUGGAUGAUGAAUGAAGGGAAAAAGAUAGCUACUUAAUAAUCGGAUAAGUAUAGAUGGUUGAAUGCUUAUUUAGAAAUAAUUACUAUUGCUGUUAAUAAAAAAGCAGGAGCCUUUAUAAAAAUUUAGUUAUUAAAACAAUUAAUAAAAAAUAAAUUUGAUCCUCGUUUAUAACAUGAUUCAUAAGAAUUUUUGAGAUAUUUUAUUGAAUAAUUGACUAUAGAAAUAUAAGGAUAAUUAAAAUAUGAUUAACCUAUCACAGAGAUUGUAUUUUAAGGAUAGAUGAUGUCCUUAAUUAAAUGUGAUUAGUGUAAUCAAUAAUCAACAAAAUUUGAAUCCUUUUUAGAUUUAUCUUUAUCUAUGAAUAAGUUAUAAACUUUAGAAAAAUGUUUACGAUUAUUUUUUGCAUAAGAAAUAUUGAGUGAUCAUUAUUAAUGUGAAAAUUGUUAUAAUGAAACAAGAGCAGUUAAAAAAUAUGUAAUUGGUACUCCUCCUUUGUAUUUAAUGAUACAUUUAAAAAGAUUUUAGGUUUAUCCAAAUAGAAUUAAAUUAAAUGGACAUGUAAGAUUUCCAAUCAGUCUUGAUGUUUAAGAGUAUAACUUCAAUUCUAAAAUAUCAUAGAUUUUGUUCCAUAAAAGCAAAAUAUAAAUUAAGAUCAAUAAUUGUUCAUUAAGGAACACCUGAAAGAGGCCAUUAUGUUACAUUCUCAUCUAGAUAAGAUUAAGUAAUUAUAUAAUAAGUAAAUUAUAAUAGUGGUAUUAUUUUGAUGAUCAUAAAAUAUAUUUAGUUACAGAAUAAGAUGUUUUGUAACAAUAAGCAUAUGUAUUGGUAUAUGAAAAAGUUGAAGAAUAUCUAAUUGACAUGUAAUGA